GUGAACAAUAUCGUUGAUAAAAAUGUAAUAUAGGCAUACAUUGAACGCAUAACAUUCGCGUAAAACUGCUUAAAUAAGGGUUACAUGACCGGAAUGUGGCUUGUUUAGGAGGAACAAUGGUUUGCGACUUACGCUACAAAAUAGGAUAAUUAUUAGAUGCUCCGUAACUGUUCCGCUAAUUGUUCGAUGUUAACUUCGGUUUUGAUUUAAGUAAACAAUCUAAACACACCAAUUUUAGCGUUGAAAUGUUUUGAGAUUAUCAAAUACUUGACUUUUUAGCGGGUUUAAAGCGCACUGAUAUACGUGUUAAUAUAUAUUUUAGAAUGACAAUUCAGUGGAAUUUCUGCAUCAAACAAGUGAUACGUCUAAAACAAAUGCUUGUUUAAGUUUAAAUUAGAAUUGAACAAUAAUUUCAUAAUUAAGGAGGAGCUUCAGUGAAAUAACAAAUGGCACAAACAUUCGGAUUGCUGCCUACAUGUGUAUGGCUGUUUACUGCUCUAAUAACUACCAACAAAGCAACCAAUCAACAGUUCGUUGGCCAGAUGUAUUUUGGUUCUUUGGAAUACGUCUUGGUGUCAGGAAUAAAAGAGACCAAUACAACGCUUCAGAAUCUGACAGAGGCGACAACGCAGACGUUCAAAGACAAUUUACAUGGGACUGACGGAUUCUUAGCCAUUGAAAUAUACAAAAUCUUCGUAAAAGAGAGUAGUGUUAACCUCAACUUCGUCGUGCAUAUGAACGGGACAUUAGAUCUGAAUGUUGUUCAAGGUCGUAUCAAGACAAAACUGAGUUCAUCAAGUACAAAUCUUUCAGCUACAUUCAUACCGGUUGGGUCGCCUGUCAACGUGCGAAUCUACAAUAAAACCCCCAUUGAUUUGUGUUCACUUAAGAAUUUCAAGAAUAGGUGCGAUCCCAACUCUACGAAAUGUAAACAAAACAAAGAAACUGUUAAAUGCGAGUGUCGAGGAGGGUUUGAAAAUCGUACGGUAAUUGAAGGUGUUGGAAUAUGCCAUCAAAUUAAAGACCCGAAAGAUUCGUGCAGUUAA